AUGCCUCUCGAUAGCUCGACCUACGCUCUCGCGCAUCUGCGCGUAGACGGUCGACGAUGGAACGAACUGAGGCGCAUCCAUGGACAAAUGUCGACCCAAGCCGCCGCCGACGGCAGCAGCUACUUCGAGAUGGGCAACACGAAAAUCAUAUGCACGGUCUUAGGACCACGUCAGCAGACCAAGAGCGGCGGAAGAGACCAGAGUAGAGAAGCCAGCAUCGAGGUCGAGAUUGGAGUCGCAGGUUUUAGCGGCAUGGACAGAAAGAAGAGAUCGCGAAACGACAAGCGCACACAGGAGAUGCAGUAUACCAUCUCGUCUGCUUUCGCCAGUACUGUCUUUACUUCUCACUAUCCCCACUCCACCAUCACCAUUGUUCUGCACGUUCUUUCUCAAGACGGCGCAUUGCUGGCUGCAUGUCUCAAUGCUGCGACUCUGGCUCUCAUCGAUGCUGGUGUACCAAUGCAGGACUAUGUCGCAGCUUGCACGACUGGCUCGACCGCCUCAUAUGCUUCGAACGACGAGGAAGCCGAUCCACUACUGGAUCUCAAUGGGAUGGAAGAGUUGGAGCUGCCUUUCUUGACCAUGGGCACGAGUGGAGGAGAGGAUAAGAUUAACGUGUUGGUCAUGGAGACGAGGAUACAGAUGCCACGGCUGGAAGCAAUGGUAUCCGUGGGUCUGGAUGGGUGCAAGCAGGUUCGCAACAUUCUGGAUGGCAUUGUGAGGGAUCACGGGAAGAAGCUGCUGCAAUCAAGAUGA